GAAUCAAAAAGUAAACAUUGAAUGUUAGUCAUUAAUGUUUAUCUAUUUGAAAUGAUUAUCUAAUUUAAUUGUAACCUCUUUUUACUAAUUUUUCUGGUCUACAAUUAAGCUAAUAACUCACCUUUUUGAUAUAAUCGUGUUGGACUUUCUAACUGGGUAAUAAUAAAAACAUCUCAUCGUGAAAGAAAAGGUUAUAAUCUGGCGAUGAUCUUUAAUGGUUAUUCUCAUUCCUUUGUGUCUCCUGAUAUAAAAUAAAUUCUCCAACUGUAAUUUACACUUAAAUUGAAAAGAAGAAAAGUGUUUUUUUCGUUUUUUACACUUAUUCAUUUUCUAAUUGUAUAGAAAAAGGAUUAGAACAUAUUAUCAACCAGUGAUCUUAAUUCAAUCAUUACGACAAUAUUCAUCCUAUCAACACACUCACACCAAAGUGUCAUCAUCAUCAUUAACAAGAUCGUUAAAAGGAAGAGUUGAUCUUUAAAAAGGCCAACAGAAAUCACAACUUCUAAUUGUUUUGUCAUCAAGAAUCUACGAUCAAAACACCAUCGCAACAACAAAAAACAUUAUUCAACCACCUCCAUCAUUUACCUUAAUCAUCAUAAUCGUCAUUCACCAUCAUCAUCAUUUGGUUUUCUCAUUGAGGAAGUGUUUUUGCUUAGAUUGAUACUAUAACUUACUCACUUUUCUCUCUCUCUCUCUAUUCUUUUUUCUUCAACCAAAAGUCUGCUUGAUUUUCUUAAAACAUUUAUUUCUUAUCAAUUUGUGUGUGUAAGUUGAUGUAUUGUUUUAAAUCACAUGCUUACAAGUUUCAAGUUCUGCUUUCCAGUUAUAUGAUAAGUAACCAUUGAUAUUCAUUGAAGGUUAACUAAUAUCUUUCUAAUACUAUUUUUCUUUUAUUGAAAAAUUUUCGAUCUCUGAUUAAUCUUUUUGCUCCUUUUUCAAAGUCAAUGGUUGAUUAAGGUUCAGCUUUAUUGUUCUUCUCUCUCUCUCAUUCUCUUGAUAUUAUCCUAUUUUCUUUCUCUCUCUCACACUUUUAUCUCUCUUUCUCUCCCUAUUGUGUAUAAUCUACUUUACUUGAUUAUCUGUGACAGUUGUUCUGUUCAAGUGCAAGACUCAUUUGUUUGACUUUUUGUCACCAAAAAGAAAAGAACCCGAGUAAUUAAUAUUAUUAUCGACAAAUUAUAAAUUAUAUUUAUCAAUAAUGGGCUCAUUGCCGAAAUGGUCAUUACUCGAUCCAAAGCGAGUUCACUCUGGUGCUAGUAGUGGUAACGAUAGAUCAACAAGCAACAAUAAUUCAGCCUCAACAUCCAAUUGGGUCAAUGGAAGCUCAUCAUCAUCAUCAUCUUCAUCUUCUGCAAUAGUUAAUGCCUCAUCAUCAUCAUCGACCUCAUCUGGUAAUAGGCCUUCACAUAAUGAUAUUAAACCUACAACUAGCAACAAAGACAACAAUUCUAACAUCAACACUAGUGGUUAUACUGCACCAACUGGAAUCAGGCCUAGAGUGGAAGAUGAUUCAGAUGAAAAUCUACCACCAGGAUGGGAGAUUCGUUAUGAUCAAUAUAAUCGUAAAUAUUAUGUUGAUCAUAAUACAAGAAGUACAACCUGGGAGAAACCACAGAAAUUACCUCACGGCUGGGAAUUAAGAAUUGAUCCUCGAGGUCGAGUCUAUUAUGUUGAUCAUAACACGAAAACAACAACUUGGCAGCGACCAACUGAAAACACUUUACGUAUUUUCAAUGAAUGGCAAUCGUCUCAGGGUCAAGUUAUGCAACAAUGUGGUCAACGUUAUAUGUAUGCUACACCACAAAUGGAGAGAGGAGCAUCUUCAUCAGGAGCAACAUCAUCAUCAUCAUCAAAUAAUUUAACUAAUGGUGGACAAAAUGGUGAUCAAUCACAAGAAGCUGGUUCAAGUGUUUCCAAUACCACUGGCAAUAAGAUUGUCUCCUCUUCAUCAAAUUCAUCCUCAUCUUCAACAAUCAAUUCAACCCUUGUGGCUUCCAGUUCCGGAGGAUCCUCCAGGGAAGUAGUAAUCAAAUAUGAAGAGGAACCUUUACCCGAAGGUUGGGAGCGACGUCUUGAUCCAAAUUCUCGUGUUUAUUAUGUUAAUCAUAAAAAUAAGACAACCCAAUGGGACGAUCCAAGAACCCAAGGGAAAUUUAUACCUAACUUACAAAGUGGCCUGAAUGGUUCAAAUGUUUUAACCGGUUCAACCAACUAUGAACUAUUACCUUUACCAAAAGGUUGGGAAAUUAGAUACACUAAAGAGGGUGAAAAAUAUUUUGUUGAUCAUAAUAGGAAAUCGACGACUUUUCAAGAUCCUAGGAUUCCAAUUGAAAAUGGUGAUAUCGCUGCAUCCGUAUCCAGUAUAACCUAUGAACGUUGUUUCCGUGCUAAACUUCACCAAUUCCGUUACCUAUGUCACAUAAAUGCGCUGCCUUCCCAUAUAAAGAUUUGCGUCUCUCGUACCAACAUUUUUGAAGAUUCUUUCCAUCAAAUAAUGAGAGUUCCUCCACAUGAACUUCGUCGACGUUUAUUUAUAACCUUUAAAGGUGAAGAAGGUCUCGAUUACGGAGGAAUAGCUCGAGAAUGGUUUUUCCUACUCUCCCAUCAAGUACUAAAUCCAAUGUAUUGUCUCUUUGAAUAUGCCGGUAAAAACAAUUACUCCCUACAAAUUAAUCCAGCCUCUUCAGUUAAUCCUGAUCAUUUAUUAUAUUUCCGAUUCAUUGGCCGGUUUAUUGCAAUGGCUUUGUUUCAUGGUAAAUUUAUCUAUUCAGGAUUUACUUUGCCUUUCUACAAACGCAUGUUGGGUAAAAAAUUGGUCAUGAAAGAUAUUGAAUCAAUUGAUCCACAAUUUUACAACAGCCUUGUCUGGAUUAAAGAGAAUAGUCUUAAAGACAUUGAAGAUGAGAUGGAACUUUAUUUUACCGUUGAUUAUGAGAUUUUGGGUCAGCUGAAAAGUACCGAGCUUAAAGAAGGUGGAGCCGAUAUAAGGGUAACCGAUGAUAAUAAGGAUGAAUAUUUAAGACUAAUCAGUGAUUGGAGAUUUAGUCGUGGACAAGAGGAGCAAACCAAAGCCUUAUUAGAUGGUUUCAAUGAAGUUCUACCAUUGGAAUGGUUACAUUAUUUUGAUGAAAGAGAAUUGGAACUUCUUUUAUGUGGAAUGCAAGAGAUUGACAUUGAGGAUUGGCAAAAGAAUACAAUCUAUCGACAUUAUUCUCGAGGAAGUAAACAAAUCCAAUGGUUUUGGACUUUCGUCAAAGAGGGUAUGGAUAAUGAGAAAAGAGCUCGUCUCCUUCAAUUUGUCACCGGUACCUGUCGAGUGCCUGUAGGCGGUUUUGCUGAAUUAAUGGGUUCCAAUGGACCGCAAAGAUUUUGUAUUGAAAAAGUUGGUAAAGAAACUUGGUUACCCAAAAGUCAUACUUGUUUCAAUAGACUUGAUUUACCACCUUACAAAUCUUAUGAACAAUUAGUUGAAAAAUUAACCUAUGCCAUUGAAGAGACUGAAGGAUUUGCCCAAGAAUGAACAAUUUAUCAAUCAAUCAAUCCAAAAAUCCAUUUACCAAUUUACUUUCAUCAUCCCUGAUCCAAGCAGAAAAAAAAAAUUAAUAAGCAAACAAAUUGUUACCAAAUUUUGACCAACAAUUAUAUUUAUAAAACAAAGAGAUUACAACUAAAUAUUAUAAUUGGAUCCUAAUUUGUAAACAAUAACAACGGAACAACAAUCAACUGAAUUUUAAACCUUA